AUGCUGGGUUGGCCCGCAUGGCCAUCGUUUGUGAUGCCCACGAAAUUGAUACCUCCAGCCGUACUCAAAGCAAAGAAGAAACUGACGGAGUACUGUGUUAUUUUCAUUCCGGAUGGGGAUUUCUAUUGGAUGAAUGAGAAGUCAAUUGAAGUGCUAAGUCCAGACAAAUUAGAGAAACGAUUACUUAAAAUAAAACCUUUGGCAGAAACCCUGGGCAAUGGGUCGCGGAAAAAGGGUAAAAAGGGUGGACUGAAUAGCAAUGGAGGAAGCGGUCGUACCUUAAAUGUGAAUGAUGCCCUAGUAGCAGCAGAAGGAUUGAAAUUCGAGAUUUUCAUGAAGAGGUUGAAAGAUCGUGACGAAGGGAUAGAUGAUGAAGAAGAAGACGAAGAAGAUGAUGAUGAAGAAGAGGAGGAAGAAGAGGAAACAGCAGACUUUGGAGAAGAUGAGGACGAAGCAGAUCUGGCUCAAGUUAAAACUGAGGAUAAUGAAGAAGACGGAAAGGAGCUCGCAAACGAAGGGGAUGACGAAUUGGACGAAGAUCUCCCUAUGGAUGAGGAGAAUAUCAACCAGAAACGAUCCAGAAAUAUAAAAGACGAAGCUCGAAAUGGCGAGUCUUCUAAAUCAAACGGAAGACAAAGGGGUAGACCAUCACGAAAGCGAUCGCAUUCCCCUUCUGUAAUUAACCAAAUUAAUGAGGAUGAUGAAAGUAAUCGCAAGAUCUCCAAGCGAUCAACCCGAGUAUCUAGAAGCUCUUCUCCCAACACAGCAAAGGGAAGUAGCAGUAAAGAUAUGGGAAAGCUCACCACCAAUGGCAGUCUGAAUAAUGGAUCUAAUGAUAAGGAACAACUUGAUGAACGUCAACACCAACUUUGGCUUUGCCGGAUAAAGCUACAACGAUCAUUAAUACAAAGAAACCAAGCUAAUACUCCUCCUAACCCACGAGACUUCCCACCUCCAUCUGCUGACGAAUUAUCAGUUGCUAGAUUGAUUUUGCACAAAUUAGCUGAUAUUCCGGUUACUACAGAGUUGUUGAAAGUCACCAAGAUUCACAAAGUGUUGAAAUGUAUUUUAAAGGAUGAAGACUUGGAAUAUCCUGAUAGUUUUAAGUUACACGAGAAGUGUCAGGAGUUACUAACGAAAUGGCAGGAAGUCAUAGAACAAAUACGAUUGGAAAAAGUUCAAGCAGCAACCAGUGCUGUAAAUGGCGAUCCAAGUGACACCGAUGUUGCUAAGUCAACCAGCGCAAAUAACACAGAGAAACUGCCUUCCGAGUGUCUUGCUGUAACCGAAACGGCUAUCGGUGCUCUUAAAACAGAAGGAGAGGAAGAUGGAGGAGUUCAGCUUGAUGACAGUGAAGUAUCCACAAUUAACGGCACAGAAGAUGCCAGGAAAGAGCAAUGA